AUGGAGCAACCUGGUCCGGUAUACAUGAGCAUUCAAAGAAAGCUAACGGAUUCGCUGCAACCGACCGCUUUGGAAAUAUUCAAUGAAUCUCAUUUACAUGCGCAUCACCAAGCAAUGAGAAAUGUUGACAGUAAUGAAACGCAUUUUCGAGUAUCUAUAGUUUCGAAUGAAUUUGAAGGAAAGACUUUGAUGCAACGGCACAGACUCGUGUACAGUAUAUUGAGCGAAGAAUUAUCCGGUGGAGUACACGCGCUCACGAUAAAAGCUAAAACACCUAAAGAGGUAACGACAUGA